CAUCUUUAGCACCCUAACAUUACUGCUCACACUCAGAGGCCGACUGUACGCUACAGUAAAGUUUCUAUUUCAUCCAAUAUUUUCAACCAGUCUGUUAUAAAACUACACAUAAAGGAAAAUGGUUGGGAAGUCCCUGAUUGCUGGUCUGGUGGUCCUUCUAGUGGCUGCAGUGAGCCUGUUCCUAGGAGUGUUCAUGGGCUUGGGGAGGAAAAACAUACCUCCCCCUUCGGACUAUUUCUACUCAAAGGCUGCAGUGGCCGCUGAUGCUGGAAAGUGUUCGGAAGUGGGGAGGGACAUUCUGAAGAAAAACGGCUCAGCGGUGGAUGCUUCUAUUGCUGCCUUGCUAUGUGUUGGCCUUUUGAACGCUCACAGUAUGGGCAUCGGGGGAGGCCUCUACUUUAUUAUAUAUAAUGCUUCCACAGGGAAUGUGGAGACCAUUGAUGCGAGGGAAACAGCCCCCACUAACGCCUCUGAGGAUAUGUUUGGCAACAACACCAAGCUUUCUCGUACAGGUGGAUUGUCCAUAGCAAUCCCUGGGGAGAUCCGUGGUUAUGAGAUGGCACACAAAAGACAUGGCAGGCUUCCGUGGAAGGAACUGUUUGAGCCCAGCAUUGCUUUAGCCCGGGAUGGUUUUCCCAUUGGGAAAGCCUUGGCUCAUGCCAUCUUCAAGAGUAAAGACUCUAUUCAAGGAGAUGCUAACAUGUGUGAGGUGUUUUGCGACUCUCAAAAGAGAAUCCUGAAAGAAAAUGAUAUUGUUAGAUUCCCAAAGCUGGCUGACACCUACCAGAGAAUAGCCGAGGAGGGGCCUGAUGUUUUUUACAAUGGAACAAUGGCACAGAGCAUCGUUGAGGACAUCCAGGCAGCAGGUGGCAUUAUAACCCUUGGUGAUUUGUUGGAGUACCAGCCGGUUUUGAAUGAGAACCCUCCGAGCCUGAGUAUUGGAGAAUACACCAUCCAUGUCCCAGACGCACCCUCCAGCGGCCCAGUGUUGGCACUUAUACUCAACAUAGUGGAUGGGUACAACUUCACAGACACGAGUGUCUCUACAGUGGAGAAAAAGACUCUGACGUACCAUCGUAUUGUGGAGGCUUUUCGUUUCGCUUAUGCAAAGAGAAGCAGACUGGGGGACCCACGGUAUUUGAACAUCACUGAUCUGAUCCAAAACAUGACUUCAGACUACUUCGCUGAUGGCAUAAGGAGUAAAAUUACAGAUGACACCACCCAUCCAGACAGCUACUACGAGCCUGAAUACUUUGUCAUGGACAACCACGGCACAGCUCACUUAUCUGUCAUAGCGGAAGAUGGGAGUGCUGUCGCCGCCACCAGCACAAUUAACCUAUACUUUGGGUCCAAAGUCAUGUCUCGGUCCACUGGAAUAAUUUUCAAUGAUGAGAUGGAUGACUUCAGCUCUCCAUACAUGACCAAUGGAUUUGGAAUCCCACCCUCACCCAACAACUUCAUCCAACCAGGCAAAAGACCUCUGUCUUCCAUGUGCCCCACAAUCAUCUUUGACAAAGAAAACAAAGUGAAAAUGGUUGUAGGAGCGUCUGGAGGUACAAAAAUCACCACAGCCACUGCUUUGGUUAUCUUGAACUCUUUGUUCUUCAACUACGACCUAAAGAAAGCUGUGAUGGAGCCACGAGUUCACAACCAACUCAACCCCAACAUGACGGUCGUCGAGCAGGGCUUUGAAAUGAGUGUCUUGGAGGGGUUGGCCCAGAAGAAUCAUGUAACACAGCUGCUGAGGACUCCAGAUUCUGUUGUCCAGGCUGUCGUCCGACAGGGAGAUCAACUCUGUGCUGAGUCUGACCCCAGAAAAGGAGGCCACCCAGCUGGAUACUGAACAUCUCUAUGGUUCUUCUCUGCUCCACUGCUGUGAGGACAGCCUCCUUAAACCCACUCAGACAAAUUAUAACAAAAGGCUGUCUGCAUUCAGGACUCAAGCGGUUUAAAAGACAUUGCCAUAGGUCUUCUUCUUUUACUCAAACACAGAAACUGAGAUCUCAGUUAUUCAUCAUGUCUAGCUUCACUCUUGUAUAGUGUAUCAUCACUACUGGGUAGUGGUCGGGAUGGUGACGUUUCACGGAAUAAAGCAGAAGCGAUGUAUCUGUUUUCACAAGCAUACAUUGUUCUUGUUUGAAACAGCAUCAUGAAAAAGUACUGCCACAAGCUCAGUUACACUAGAAGAUGAUGUCACGUGAAGAAAUGUUCUUUGGUUUUAUCACAAAAUAAUAAUUUGAUGGUCUAUGGGAUUUUUGGAUUACCUGGAGGUUUUGUCCAUAAAAGAGGGCAGAUGUCAGCGUCAAAGAGGUGAAAAAUGAUCAACACAAACUUAACAAGCAAGUACCAACUCAACUUGAGAACAUCUCAGGUUGUUCUAAUUAAAUGUUGUCAUGCAUCACAAUGUCAUAUUAAUGUUAGACUAAACAGACUCAAUAACUUUUAAUAACAAGAAUGUAGUGCACAAGUUUGAUUUUAUUCAAAGGUGUAUAUAUAGGCUCUAAUUUAAGAAACACUCACUGUUUGGGUAAAUGUAUUUUUAGCACUUUGACCAGUUUUUGUUAUCCUUUAACAAGCUUCUGGUAUAAUAGUUGAUAUUUCAUCACUGUUCUUGGCAGCUUUGACAAGAGUUCAUUUAGAUUAGUUAGAUUCCUGAAACAAAUUAGGUUUUAAAGCAACAUUCACACAUUACCCCAUAAAAAAACAUGAAAAAACAUUCCUGAAUCUCUACAUUUACAUAAUUUAUCCAGUGAGAAACCAGUUCUGAUGUGUGUUGAGGAUCAUUGUCCUAUCAGGAAAUCCAGACAUGUCCAAGUUGUUACCAUUUAACUGAUGAUGAGGUGAAGAUGUAUAAUUUACAGGCGGUCUUAUUUUUCUAUGCCCCACCAUGAUACUACCACCACCAUGCUCGACAGUUGGUUUUUACGUUUGAAAUAAAACUUUUCACCAGAAGACAUAGCCUGUCCCCUUGGGAGGUUGCAGGUUUGAUUUCUACAUGAAGGUGUCUCUUUUGGAGCAGGAGCAUCUUCAAUGGAUGCGUGGCAGGCUUGGUGGUUCCUGACCAUCAUUAUCAAUAGCGUAUUUUACUGUUCACAUCACUGUGCAGGUGCUGCAGGGUGCUAACGCUAGACAAACAAACAUUUUCCAAUUGAAAAAAACACACGCCCAGAGCGAUUUUACAGUGGCCGUUGUCUUCCUCAGCUGAUCCGGAUCCGGAUCCGGGUCCGGGUCGCGGGGGCAGCAUCUCAACUAGGGAGCUCCAGACCGUCCUCUCCACGGCCACUGAUUUUACAGUGGUAAACAAAAAUUGACAGGAACAAAGUUCAAACUUUUAUGCUUAAACAGUUACUCAUUACUCACAGUACUUUUUUACUCCUAGAUAAUUACUUGUAUCAUUACUUUUUACAUACAACCUCUGGUCAAAAGCCAUUUUUCUCCACGUUUGGAGGGACAUGCUGUUUGGCCGAGACGUUCAGCUGGAACCCUUCGUUUACACCCCUGCCUCCUGGGCAACCACGUCUAUGAGCAUUAUCAUUACAUCAAGGGUGCCUACAGAACAUUUUGAUGAGAGUGGCCAGACAGGGCCAAAGACAUUUUUGGGGUGGCACACCAAUUUGGUCCUUGUGGUCAAGCUGGGAGUAUUUAGCCUGUGGCGAUGCAUUGCUCCUUUAUUCAUUUUGAUUUUAAAAACUUUUUAAAAACGGUAUCUGCUCCAAAUUCCAAGUCUGCUUUUCCACAUAAAUACUGCCACCAGCUUGGCCUGUUACUUUUCCUGCAGUGUCAUGUAAUCUCGCGGACCUUAUCCGGCUUUGAAAAGCGAUAAAAUAAUGUUCCGUCUGACGUCCGAUCUCGGUUUCUAGAUUCCUGUUUACACCACCCCCAACUCCAGUGCUUAGUUUCUUCCCAUGUGAACAUCGCUACGAGCCAAAAAUACAAUUUUGAGGCAAGUGGGGUGAUUCAGAGCCAUAGGCUCCCAUGCAAAAUGCAUGCUUGUUUGUCUAGGACUACCUCCCAGAAUGCACAGCAACAUUACUUCAUUAUUUAUUUUUAACUGCUCUAAAGUGCGCCAUUUGUAAUCAUCUGAGAUUGGCAUAUGAAUAUUGGUCAAUAUAAAAAGGGUUGUUACAUAAAUCAUAGUUUUACUGAUAAAAAUAAAUGACGAGUUAGAUAACCAUGAUCACUAAACAUUUUAAUUAGCCUGGCAGUCAAGGUAUUUUUAAUCUUCUGUCACUUAUUAAAUGCUUUUGGUGGUUAUACAUAUAGAACUGAGCCUAUAAAUGUUGACCCAAGAUGGAAGAGUUCAAACUUCUGCUCCUCAUUCUUGUUUUUAAAAUCGAGGCAGUAAAGUGUAAAUGAUUCACUCUGAAUGGUUCAAACUAAUCCAAUCAAUGGGUUUAUGUUAACUUUUGACUGAAACUAUACUUGUUUCUCCUGAUGUGAGCUGAUCCUCAACGACAUUAAUCAGCUAAAGUCAAAGUGCUGUUUUACAUCAUGGUUUUACAGUAAAGCUAUUAUUUAUUCAUGUUUAAUUUCGAGUAGAAGGUUAAAUGAAUGUAAAGUGUUCUAAAGAAAACACAUCUUCAGAUAUAUUUUUAUAAACAUGCAUUGUUCUUAUGCUGUUUUGUUGCCAUGCUUGUUAUUAAACACAAAAUAAAUCACA